CAGGAAAUGACACAGACAGACAGACAGACAGACACUGGCGCACUUCAAUGAGGUGCUUCUCUCGUCAGCGAGCCGUCACAAGCGUGCGUCACCUGCAAUCCAAUCCUCACACACAUGCAAUCAGUGUACGCAUCGCAUGCACCUAGCUAUCCUAUUGUUAAUAGACGAGGGUAGUAGCAAGUAGGCACGCUCCGAUCCAGCCACUUAAGUUUCGACACAUACAGACAUACGAGUGAGUCCAGAACAUACACUCUCUCUGGCCAGGCCACGGCCGGCAUGAUCGAAUAUAUGCGUGGCCCACGGUACGUACACCUGCGCACGUACGUAUAUCUGCGCACCCUUUACCUAUCUACACAUACUUUCAAGGACCAACCACACACGCAUACGCACACGUACACACACGCACACAUACACAGACGCACACACACGCACACGCACACGCACACGCGCAACACAAGACGACAAAGAUAGAGCAGAGCAGAGCACGUCGACUGGUAGAUAAAGACCGACGUGCUCACACAGCAUAACAUAACAUAACAAAUGACAAGACAAGACAAGACACAAAACUGCACACCGCCCUCCACACACAUGUGAUGUGCCCACAGGGCGAGGAAACCAUUUCUUCCUUCAUGCGGCAUACACACACAUAUACCAUCCCCUCUUAUCGCCUGAAGCUUGGCACACACCCCACGGUGAUGCGCCGGCGCGUCUUGCUCCAGCUCUUGCCCUUGGUGCUGUCCACACGCAAGGCGUCGAAGCGCCGGUCCUCCUCGUCCAGGCCGAAGUCACCGAUGGUCGCGGGCACUGACUUGAGCAGGCUCCGCUGGCUUCUGUUGGCGACUACCACCCUCCCAAUGGCAGCACCGGUCUGGGAGGAGAGGGGCAGCCUGAGCUUCCUGUAGACUGUCCUGACAGAGCUGAGGGGAUUGGCCAUGAGCUCUUUGAAGUCCACGUCAGCGAACUGGCCCUUCAGGUGGGUGUGGCGCCUCCUGAAGUCAGCCGCUGCUCUGGCGUUGGCCGCCAUCUGCUGCAGCUCAUUCUCGGCCAGUUUGCAUACGUCGACCGCCAUAAGGCCACGACGGAGAGACAGCACCUCCUGACAGCGGCCGGCGACGGUCUCGCAUGUAUCCCUGACAGACAACCAGACAGAAAAAAAAUGACACCAGCCAACGACAAAGAGAUGGAUGAAUGACCAACACAACACCAGCGAGCUCGCCCAUCGUUGCGCUACCGGUGGGCGAAGAUGAUCUUUGCCCCGGGGUAGGUCGCCAAGAUAUCGUCAAGGUGGCCCACAUGGUCCGGCGACGCCAGCAGCCACCUCUUUGGCUCGCCUGCCCGCUGCCACUGCAGGUGCUGCAGGAAGGUCUUGUGGAAGGUGUAGCUCGGGUGGUUGCUCGACAGCCACGACUGGUACACGGGGGCAUCGAAGUGUGUGGCAAGGGAGGCAGAUCGGAGUGAGUUCUCGACAAUCAUCGAAUCGUCAAAGGGCGUGUCGGCUGUGAGGGCGCCGAGGCGAGUCAGGUAGUCGUUGGUCGAGAACAUCAAAUCCAUGGCCUCCUGGGCAGCAGCAAGCCGUGUCUGAGAAUCCUGACGGACAGACAGAAGGAAAACAGACAGACAGACAGACAGACGAUUAGCAUGGAGGUCAUGCACAUGAACACCAUUUAGCCCUCAAUAACGUACGUACGUCCACUCACUCACCUCUUGGGGGGAUGCACCCUGCACGUACUCGCCCUGCUCGCCAAAUGGGUAUAGCAUCUCGCUGAAUGUCGGUGCCUGAUUGGCCUCAUCGCAGGCCAGCAGCUGCUGCACGAGUGACACGGAGACUCGGUCGAAGCCCACAACGAAGAUGGGCUGCUCUAUCUGCUGGCGAAGGAUGGCGGGGUGGCUGUGGGCCCUGUCGGCCAUGUAGAGCAGGUUGCAGAAGGCCUGGCGGACCCUUUGGCUCAGCAGGAACCUGCCCAGGAAGGACAUGUCCUUGCCCUCCGGCAGGGCCGACUUCAGCAAGACAUCAGCAGCCGCAAGCACAUCUUCCUCGGAGCCCACCAGCUGCUCGAGCCCUGUCUGUUGCCGCGCCAUGUCGAGGAUCUCCUGAGGGUCCAGAGGGAUGGCAUUGGCAUCGUCUGACGGCGAGGCGACAGUGGAGGCAUCGCCGUCAGAUCCGCUGGGCUUGACCGGUCGCUGGCGAAGGCUCUUGACAGCCUUCUGCAUCAUCUUCUGCAUCAUCACCUCCAUGGUGUCCCAUACGAAGGGCUCGCGCUUCCACGUGGAAGAGACAGGGUUGUCGAGGCGUUCGCGGCCCAGGCCGCCGGCACGUGCCUCAAUGACGACGUACGCGUUGGCGCCUGCCAUUCCAAAAUUGCUGGCACUACCAAUGAGCGUGCCAGUGUGCUUGGUCUCUUCUGCGGGCUCAAGGUUGACGCCUCCUCCCCCUUGGAUCGGCAGGACGAAUGGAAAGUCUCCCGUCGAGUCCAUGUGUGGGUUGAGCUGACUGAGAUGAAGGAUGGGCGGCGCCAUGCCGUGGUGCAAGGCGAGGACGACCUUUAUGAGGCCUGCGAUCCCCGAUGCGGCCUCGGGGUGGCCCACGCUGCUCUUAAAGGCGCCCAACACAAGCGGCGAUGAAGCAGGCCUCUUGCCGAACACGGCCCUGAGGGCCCCGACCUCGAUCGCGUCACCCAUAAGCGUGCCGGUCCCGUGCACUUCGGCAAACGAGAGGGCGCCGGGCGGCAGGCCGGCCUCUUUCAGUGCCUCGCGGAUGACGACUUGCUGCGCCGGUCCCGAGGGAGCGGUGAGGCUCGCGCCACAGUUGUGGUUGGUAGCGCUCCCGCGGAUCAAUGCGUACGGCUCGACGUCGCCAGACGGGUCGAGACGCUGAAGGAACGCAGCCGUCACACCUUCGGCGCGAACGUAGCCGUUGGCACCCGAAUCGAAUGUUUUGCAGCGGCCGUCGAUGCUCAGCAUCUGGGCCCUGAGAGAGAGGCCACACACGAGUAAGCAAACAAGGGUCAUUUAAUAUCUUUCCAGUAUCCAUACCUGCACUCGGCUAUGUAGGCAUGUUGUGAGAGGAUGAGAUUGACGCCGCCACACAGUGCACCCUCUCUGCACGCGUCCGCCGAGAGCAGUGCCUUAACGCCGAGGUCGACAGCGAUGAGGGACGAGGAGCAGCCCGUGUCGACAGAAAGCGACGGCCCCUUGAGACCGAAGAUGUAGCUGAUGCGAUUCGACAGUAGGCAAGAUGCGGUGCCCAUAGUGGAGAACCUUGAUGCUUCGUGCUGCAUUAAGCACCAAUCCUGCGACAUGGACCCGACGUAGACGCCGAUGCUCCGGCCAUUCAGCGCUCCGGGCACGGCGUGCUUGCCGCUGCCGAACACUCCAGCGCUGUGGAAUGCCUCGUAGCUGACCUCCAGCAGAAGUCUCUGCUGAGGGUCCAUGAACUUAGCCUCGAGGGGCGAAAUCCGAAAGAACUGGUUGUCAAAGGACUCCACGCCAUCGAUGAAGGCACCCGCCUUGGUGUAGUAGCUGUCAGGCACCUGGCCCGUCGGGUCGUACCACAGAUCCGCAUUCCACCGCGCGCUGGGGAUCGUGGUGACGCAAUCGCGCCCCUCACACAUCACCCGCCAGAAGCUCCCCAGCGAGUCAAUGCCACCGGGCAAUCGGCAGGCCAGACCCAUGAUGGCGAUUGGCGGGCUUCCGCCGCGACUGUCGAGAGCCUGCACUUUGACCCUGUCGUCGACGGCAGGCAUCUCGUCCGCCGCGCCAGAAAUCUCAUUGCAGAUGAAGCCAAUGAUGGCGUUGAGCGUCGGGUAGUCGAACAGAGUGGUGGCGGGCAGCUUGACGCCGAUCUUGGAGGACAGGGCGUUGCGGAAUUCGAUGGCGCCGAGUGAGUCGAUGCCCAGUUCCUGCAGAGGGGAGUCCAGGGGAGGCUCUUCCGUCAUGCCAAGCACCGUCGCAGCCGUCUCCACGACUGCCUUGUGGAUGUGCUCUUUGAGGGCCGCUGCAUCCAUUCUGCGCAGCUCGGCGGACACGCCUGCAGCCGCGCCUUCGGUGGCAGCCGACGCCACAGUCUCGAAGAAGGGCGGGAUGGCAAUACACAUCGACAGGAAGGUUUGCCACUUGACGAGCGCACAGCACGUCACCCCGACGCUCUCAGAGUGCCGCAUGACAUCGCCGAGGACGCGAAGGCCGAGCUCGUUGGUGAUGCCGCGCAUUCCCCCCUUGGCGAGCUGCUGCAUCAACUCGGCCGCCAUGCCCUGUUCUGUCCACGGUCCCCACUGGAUGCUCUGGGCGGCGAGCUUCUUAGAUCGGCGGUACUCAGUCAGGGCGUCCAGACAC